AUGCAUCGUACGCCAUGGACUAAGCAAGCCUCGUCGCUGCCCUCUGAUAGAAUAAAACCAAAGAUUCAGAACAAUCCUACGUCUAGGAACAAGGGCAAAGGAAGGCUGCAAGAUUCUCCUGAACCUCCCAGGAGCAAAGAGGUAAAACGCCUGGAAUCUUUGCUCAAAGGAGUCAAUGAAUCGUCUGGAACUGAAAAGGACCCUACAGGUGGUUGUUUCUGCCUUGCUCGGAACCAUGCGCUUUCGUCGUAUAUCACAAUCUGCCAUUCAUGUGGUCUAAUACUAUGCUCGACCAACUUACCCUACCACUGCUGUCCACAUUGCUCCAAAAUUCUCCUAACAUCAACUGUUCGUGACAAGCUCGUCGCACAGAUAGACGCGCAGCUAUCCUCGACGAUCGCGAAGGAGAUCGCAGACAAAGAACGAGCCAUCGAAGAGGCCAGGAGGCUUGCAGGUGCCUUCCCUACUCUCCAAGGACCCGUACCGGCCCAGCCACCCGCGUCGAUGUCUCUGAGUGUCCACCAAGCCGCCUUCCCGGUCCCAGCACAACAGACGCAUAAAGUUAUGUCGCUAACCUCGUCUGGACCUGGGAACAAGAAACAGAUCAAAGUUUCAUCAUUCACCACAAGCCCGGUUCCUUCUCGCCCUAUUUCACGGAAUGAACCGAAAGAGGACGAGGACGAGUUUGCUGGCACUCGUGUACCUGCUCCGGACGGACUGCCGCCCCAUGCAAACAGACGACCGAGCCAAGGACGGCCUUGGGAGAAUCUGAUCAAGGGUGGCAUCACGUACAAGCCACCCGCGAGGGUAGACGAAGGUGGCACGGGUGAGGGUGGCCUGAAGUCAAGCAGGAGACGGAGAGGGAAUAAGGGGAAGGGGAAAGAGAACGAGGCUUCGGCGGGGACUAGCAUUGGGAAAAUUGAUCAAUGA